GGUGGAACAACACGUGUGAUAUAUUCCUAUCACACCGAUGAUCCUGACGAUAAAAUCCUUCAACAUACUGUUCGAGGCUCAAGAUCUUUGGUGCUAAUUAACAUUUUAACUAAAAAGCCAACCCUGCCUAACGACUUAAAGAGCUUUGAAUUUAGAGUCAAUACAACGAUUCCAAACAUUGACACCUACUAUUACUGCAAACCAUUCCAGUUACCUCAUUUYAACGGUUCAAAGAAACACGUCGUCAAGAUCUCUCCUGUUAUCACGCCUGGUAACGAAGGUAUGGUUCACCACAUUUUGGUGUAUGGAUGUAAAGAUGAUUUUCCCGUUUCUAAUCUCAGCGUUGAGGGCUUUUGUCUGUCAAGAAAUAUGCCUGGACAAUUUCGGGAAUGCUAUGGAAGGUCGGUCAUAUCAGGAUGGGCUAUAGGUGGCAAUGAGUUUUAUUUUCCUGAUCACGUUGGCUAUCCUAUUGGAGACGCCCAGGCAGUGAAGUUUGUUGUAAUGGAAAUUCACUACGACAAUCCAAACAGAAAAGCAGGCAUCAGCGAUCAGUCUGGGCUUCGUUUUCACUAUACUGCAGUUAAGCGUCGAUACGAUGCUGGUAUAUUGUGGAUCGGUGCGGAUGUUAGUAGCCGAAUGUGGAUCCCUCCAGGUGAAAAAAAGUGGCAUUCACUUGGAUAUUGUCACGGAAGCUGUACAAAACCCGGAUUGCAAGACAGCCCCCUAGAUGGAGGGGGGAUCAAACUCUUCGCAGUUUUUCUCCAUUCUCAUCUAUUGGGUGCUGCAAUGUGGACAAGGCACAUUCGAAAUGAAGUAGAAUUAUCGGAGAUAGUACGGGACAAUCACUACGACUUCAACUUUCAGGAAUACCAGGUUCUAAAAAAGGAAAUACGUGUCCUACCUGGUGAUCACAUGGUGCAGUAUUGCCGGUAUGAUUCUUCAGGAAGGAAGAAACUUACAACGGGAGGAUUAUCUACAAAAGACGAAAUGUGUGUUUCCUACAUGUAUUACUACCCGAGAGUUAGUUUAGCAAGAUGCACAUCCAGAACUAACGAAAGGGACSUUUUUGAAAAGARCUACAAGACAAGAACAAAUGAUACCAAUAUCGACUUCAAUACAGUGGAAUGGAAGAAGGAAUGGGCAAAUGAUCUCAAAAAAGCUGAAAAUGACACGAAGGAUUUAAGAGUAACGUGUGUGAAUAUAAAAGGAAAACCAGUGGACUCUGUGAACCGCAAAUAUUUCACGAAACCAGUUAUAAGAGAGCCAUUCAAGGAGCCUGAGAACUGCCCUAAAAAGCCUGGUCCCGUCUCUGCCAGUGCGAAAAUGAGCGUUUAUAUUUUGCUGUUGAUUGCUUCAGUGUUGAUUUUGGCUUUUGUGGUUUAAACCUCGAAAAGAGCUUUUGGCAUUGCACUUCACUUAUUUGAUUCUUUAAAGCACUUUAUAACCAUAUCAAAGAAUUACGUCAUUCUUUUAGCAGCUCCAUAUAUACAUGCAUCUGGAGUUCCGGAGAACAAUGCGUCUGCCAUCUUGAAAAAAGUGCAGAGGCCCGAGUGACGACGAAUGAAACAUUUCGUAGUUGCGAAGUCAACUAUAAUCUAUCAUUACAUCGUAUCAUAUUAACUUGACAUUAGCUGAGAACCUUUUAAUUCCUUUAGAAGUUGUAAUUUAGUGAUUUGAGUCCCACUUUUCAAGAUGACGGACUCAUUGUUCUCCGAAACUCCUGAUGCAUGUAUAGUAAUCCUAUUUUUGAAGUAUGCGUGGACGUGUUUUUGGCCAUUUUCUCAAGAGCUGUAAAUAGUCUGAAACUUUCAAAUUUUAUAGCGAAAUCCCUUUCGAAUAAAUAGUACAAUAUUAUCACUAMCUACWAUACACAUGAAUAUACAAUGAGAUAUGGACAGGUCUGAAAAGACUGCUGGCCAAGAAAGUGGACAGCGGUAUAUCCAUGAGUGUUAUAGGUUCCACGCCAUGUCGGGGGUAGGGCGGGUGGGCGAAUUGAACCAGUAUGUGUCCGUGGUUUGAAUCGGAAUGAACAAAGCGUGCAGAUCACGCUCAUUUAUACACUGCAAGGCAUUGUGGGAUAUCUAUUGUUAUGCUAAUUUCAUGCUUUAUUUCCGGUAUUACAAAUAGACAAUUUGUUUGUUUCCGUAUAUGGCAUAGWUUGGUAAAGGCAGCCCAAAUAAGAAAGGGACAGGGAUCCCGCACGAAUGGGAGCAAUUCACUGAUAUGCGUUCCUAYCGCUUCCUUGAAGACAAAUUUGCUUUAGGGUAGGACACACAUGCAGCAAUCACAAACAUGUAUCAAUCACUUUAAACUCUACGUUGKUUUCACUUUAAAUCAACUGAGGCACGGUUAUGCCGCUGGGA